CGGAUGUCCUAUUGCGGAGGUGCAAAGAGGCGGGGGCUAUUGCGUGCUUCACGUCUAAGAAGACGUUGUAAGUAGGUAGGCGAUACGGCAUAAUGGAACACGAUAACGCGUUCUAAGAUAACCUCAUGCAAGUGGUUAUAAGUCUUUAGAUCUGGCCAACUCAUGAAAUCGAGAAGAUGAGAAACUAAAUCAAUCGAAUUUUUCUCUUUUUCUGCCAAACAACCUUGGAAGUCUCAUUCAUUCACUUUUCAACAUGGCCACCGCGGACUUGGAGCAGAUAGUUAGCGUGAAUGGCUCAGAACCACCUUCAUCGGUACAGGAGGGUUUAGAAAAAAAGACCAAUGGCGUGAAAGUACCCAUAGUCCAAGAAGUGAAAGAGACAGUUAAUUCUUUACCUGUGGAACACAAGUUCCCCGACAACUAUCCUUUGCCGAGCAUCUCAUUAGAACAGCGCUAUAUUGACGAACCAAGAGCAUUACGGGUUGCAGUUGUCGGCGCAGGUCUCGCCGGUGUCCUGGCCGGAAUACUUCUUCCUCCCAAAGUUCCAAAUUUAAAAUUGACCAUAUUCGAGAAAAAUGCCGACGUGGGUGGUACAUGGUUCGAGAACAUCUACCCCGGUGUUAGAUGCGACGUGCCAGCACACGUUUAUCAAAGUAGCUUUGCUCCAAAUACCAAUUGGACUGAGCAGUUCGCACAGGGUGCCGAGAUCAAGGCCUACUGGCAGGGACUGGCUCGGAAGUACAAUGUGUACGACUAUCUAAAGCUAUCUCAGAAGGUAGAAGAACUGAGAUGGGACGAAGCGAAAUCGGUGUGGAAUGUGAACGUACACAAUCUUACUACGGGAGAAAUCUCCAGUCAGGAGUUUGACUUUGUGCUGACAGCCAUUGGCCGCUUCAAUGCCUGGAGACUACCGGAUUAUCCUGGUAUCAACGACUUCAAAGGUGUUCUUCGGCACGCCUCCAACUGGGAUCCCAACUUUGAUCCAAAAGGGAAACGCGUCGCGAUCAUUGGAAAUGGAGCAAGUGGUCUUCAGUUGACAGCCAAUUUACAAAAGCAGGUGAAACACCUGGACCACUAUGCCCGGAAUAAGACCUGGGUGGCAGCCUCUUUUGCGGGCGAUGAGACUUCUAUCGAGCCCAUCCGUAUAUCCCCCGAACUCCAAGAGUCCUUCAAAGACCCCAACGAAUACAUCAAGUAUCGGAAGGCAUUAGAGUCCAAGUACUUCAGAGGGUUCUCUAGCUGGCUCAAGGGAUCCGAUUUGAACGAGAAAUCUCGCCAAGAGUUUAUCGAUAUUGCAAAGAAACGUUUGGCGAAGAAGCCUGAGCUGCUCGAAAAUAUCUUCCCCGACUUCUCGCCGCAUUGUCGACGACUCACACCAGGACCAGGCUACUUUGAAGCCAUUACAGAGGAUAACGUUGAUUAUAUCCAGACGCCGAUAAAGCGCUUCACAGAAACUGGAAUCGAGACCACCGACGGCAAACACCGCGAGGUUGACGCCAUUUUCUGCGCCACUGGAGCAAAUGUAGACAUGGUCCCACCAUUCAGCAUCUGGGCUCAUGGUAAGGACCUCGCGAAGCUCUGGGACAAGGGCGGCGAGUACGGAUUCCCGUACAACUACCUAGGCGUCUCAACACCGGGCUUCCCAAACUUGGGAUUCAUUCACGGCCCGCACGGGUCAGGUCGUUCUGGGACGGUGCCUCACAGUGUGGAAGUUCAGGUGGCGUACAUCGCGAACUUGCUUCGCAAGGUCAGUCGCGAGGGGAUCAAGACAAUCCAGCCAUCCAAGAAAGCUACAGACGACUUUAUACAAUACUCGGACGCUUUCUUCGACACUACCGUCUUGUCCGAGAACUGCAGCUCCUGGUACAACAGCGGUAAACCGGGAAGUAGGAUUCACGGUCUGUGGCCGGCCAGCGCGUCGGCGGUGAGCAUCAUUUAUCGCAACCCGCGGUGGGAGGACUGGGAAUACGAAUACCUGUCGGAGACUGGAAAUAGGUUCGCUUGGUACUUGGGAGUUGGAUCAACUAAGAAGGAACAAGAUCCCGAUGCCGACGUGACAACAUACCUUAAGCACCCGGAGAGUGUUGACUUGCGAGAUGUGUACGAGAGUUGGUGGGAUCAACUUUGAAUAAUUGUUGAUUGUAAGAAGUUUUCAAGUUUUAGUCGAAAUAGUUAAAUGCAAUUAGAUUUAAUAGGGUGUAGGUGCUGUUAAGCCUGUAAGCUGCUACCCAGCAAGGUAAAAUACAGGGAACCAUCCAUGC